AUGACAUGGCGUCCUCAGUACCGCAGCUCGAAGUUCCGGCACGUCUUCGGUAAAGCCGCCUCCAAGGAGAACUGCUACGAUGGCGUUCCCAUCACGCGCAGCGUCCACGACAACCAGCUGUGCGCCGUCAACCCGCGCUUCACCGCCGUCAUCACCGAGUGCGCCGGGGGCGGAACCUUCCUCGUCCUCUCCAUCAACCUGACAGGGAAAGUGGACCCUCAUCACCCGAAGAUCUCGGGUCACAAAGGAAACGUUCUGGACAUCAAGUGGAACCCGUUCAACGAUUUCUGCAUCGCGUCAUGUUCAGAGGACACAACUGUGAAGGUGUGGGAGAUCCCUAAACAUGGUGUGAUGAAGAACAUCACAGUUCCAUGGAAGGAGCUUCAGGGUCACUCGCGCCGCGUGGGGCUGAUAGAGUGGCACCCCACCGCCAGCAACAUACUGUUCAGUACAGGAUACGACUAUCAGGUGAUGGUGUGGAACCUGGACACGCCCGAGCAGGUGAUGAAGAACCCGGUUCGAACCAUCAGCGUCCACACCGACGUGGUCCUCUCUCUGUCCUUCAACACGGACGGCAGCCGCAUCGCCACUUCCUGUAAGGACAAGAAGAUCCGCAUCAUCGACCCCCGCACGGGCGCAGUGCUGCAGGAGACCAGCGCUAAAACACACAAGGCCAGUAAGGUUCUGUUUUUGGGGAACCUGAAGAUGUUGCUCUCGACGGGGAACUCUCGCUGGAACCAUCGCCAGAUUGCAUUGUGGGAUCAGGAGGAUCUCUCUCAGCCCUCGUUUCAGGAGGAUUUGGACGGCUCCUCGGGCGUGUUGUUCCCCUUUUACGACCCCGACACACACAUGCUCUACGUAGCCGGCAAGGGAGAUGGGAAUAUCCGGUACUAUGAAAUCAGCUCUGAGAAGCCGUACGUUCAUUUCCUGACUGAAUAUCGAUCGUCUUUCCCACAGAAAGGAAUGGGUGUGAUGCCGAAGCGAGGGUUGGACGUUUGUUCCUGUGAGGUGUUCAGGUUUUACAGACUCAUCACCACCAAGAGUCUCAUCGAACCUCUGUCCAUGAUCGUCCCACGCCGGUCUGAGACGUAUCAGGAGGACAUUUAUCCCAUGACGGCUGGAAGAGAGGCAGCCAUGACGGCAGACGAGUGGCUGAGUGGAGUAGAUAAAGGUCCCGUGUUGGUGUCUCUGAAGCCAGGCAGUAGGGACGACGUGUGUGAGGACGAGGCUCCAGCUAAAGGUUUCGGUUCGCCGGGGGCGCGGCGCUCUCAGAGUCGACCCGGCCUGCAGCAGCUCUCCUUCAUCGAGAGAGAGAAGAGGAACGAGGACGAGCGAGAGGAGGAGAGCGCCCCCGAAACCCUGGCUAACGGAGGGAGGGACGUCACGCUCUGCUCUCCACCCAAAACUGAAAACGAGCUCCUGCAGGUUUACUAUAAGCAGCAGGAGGAGAUCCGGCGGCUCCGUGAGCAGCUCAACCAGAGAGACGUUCGGAUCAAGCAGCUCGAGCUCGAGAUCAAAAACAUCAGGAACUCACGCUGAGGACACACACACACUCACACACACUCACACACACACACACACAUACACACUCACACACAUACAUACACACACACACACACCGAGCUCAGGCUGCCUGCUGUACAGCUGAUCCUCACUGUAGCUUUUGUACGAUAUUCUUCUUUAAAAUGGUUUUAAUUAUCUUGAUUUGUUGUUUAAAGCAUCGCGAGUUACAUUUUAUCUAAAAAAAAACAAUGUGCCUGUUUAAGACUAAAGAAAGAGAGUGUGUGUGAGAGAGAGAGUGAGUGUGUGUGUGAGAGAGUGUGUCUGUGUGUGUGUGAGGUUGUAUAUGAAUCAGAAGGACGUCGGGAGAGUUAUAUGUUGAUUGUUAUAUGUUGAUUGUAUGAUUGAUUUUAGCGCUGUAUGAUGAGUUACGGGUAUCUGACCUACACGUUUACCCUCUUUAUUUAUUUCCUGUAUGUUUUUAAACGCACUAAACCAAAAAAAGAAGAGAUAUUAAAGUGUGUGAUGAUCCGAAUGAUGUGACGGCGCUUUAAUAAUAAUAAUAACACUGAUAUUCAUUUUAUUAUUCACUCGUUCAGCACGUGUAGAAUCGGACUCAGGUUAGAUCUGACAGGGCUGGGUCUCGGGACUGUACGCUGAACAUCCCUGAUUAAAAUAUCUAUAAAUUAUUAAUAUCAUUUCAUAUUAUUUACAUCAAGCUGUUUGCUUUAAUGAUUCUGAGACCCAAAGCCUGAAAUCUCAGCGGUGCUGUUGUCCAGUCAGGCAUCCACAUACAGACAUGAUCAGCUGUGUGUGCCUGGGGGAGGUUUGAAGGAGAUACGGUCUGACGGUGAAUCUCCUACCUGCUGCUACAUCAGCGCCGCCUGCUGGCUGGCCGAGGUAUCUGUAGGAGUGGUGGAGGAGCACAGAGAGUGUAGUGUGUUCAUCCGAAAAAUAAAGGUAAAAAUAUUUAAGUGCACCGACUCGCUGUAAGACUGGAGAACUCAACACUGGUUCAGUACUAAAUACUGGUUUAGUAUGGUACCAGGACUCAACACUGGCUUAGUUCAGGAAUCAACACUGGUUUAGUUUGGCACUAAGAUUCAACACUGGUUUAUUGUCGCACAAGGACUUGACACUGGUUUAGUUUAGAACUGGGACUCAACACUGGUUUACAUUGUAACUAAGACUCAACACUGGUUUAGUUUGGGUCUAGGACUUAAUACUGGUUUAGUUUAGCACUGGGACUUAACACUGGUUUAGUUUAGCACAAAACAACACUGGAGAAAAUGGUUUAGUGUUUAAUCCUAAUUAAUGUAUGAAAAUGUUUAUCUUUCCUGUUUAUUAUGAAUGAAAGCCAUGUUCUACAAAAGCUUUAAAAUAUUUGGUUUACACAGCAGUGUGUGUGUGUGUGUGUGUGUGUGUGAAGAGGUUAUAAGAGUUAUAAUCACUGUCUGAAUUAUCUGUUGUGUAAAAUGUUGACACUCGGCUUCUGAAUUACAGUUUUUCUGGA